GUGGUGUCUCAUCUCCCUAGCUGUGGUUUCACUCUCCUAUCUUAGUUUCCAGUGAGUGUGGGGUCAGCGAGGGCACACAGCCAUGUCUCUUCCACUGGAUAUAUCUUCAUUGGAGACGCUGGGGAAACAACUCAUCUGUCCCAUCUGUAUGGAGGUCUUCACGAAACCUGUGGUCAUUCUGCCCUGUCUGCACAACCUCUGCCGCAAAUGUGCCAAUGAACUGUACCAGGUUGGAAUCGGAGGACGUUUUCGCUGCCCUUCCUGUCGGCAUGAGGUUGUCUUGGACCGUCAUGGAGUUUAUGGACUGCAGCGCAAUUUACUCGUGGAGAACAUUAUUGAUGUUUACAAACAGGAGUCUGAAAGCUCUAGGCCUCCACCGAAGCCUCCUGUACAGUUCAGCUGUGCGGAGCAUGAAGAUGAGAAGCUUAAUAUUUAUUGCAUCACGUGUCAGGUGACCUCCUGUUCUCUCUGUAAGGUGUUUGGGGCCCACAAAAACUGCCAAGUAGUUCCCCUCCCUAAUGUUUACCAGCAGCAGAAGGCUGAACUCAGUGACAGACUUGCUUCUUUGGUUUCCACAAAUGACCGUGUUCAAUCAUUUGUUAAUGAACUAGAGGCACUCUGCAGGAACAUAGAGGAAAACAGCGGGAUCCAGAAACAGAUUUUGUCUGAGAAGUUUGAUCGCUUGUCUGCCAUUCUGGAGGAACGUCGUAAGAUAAUGACCCAACAUAUCACUUCUGAGCAGGAAGAAAAGACUAUCUGGACCCAGUCUUUACUGCAAACAUACAGUGAGCAUGUAGACACAAACUCAAAGUUGAUCCAGGCAGCCCAGAAUGCCAUAGAGGACCCAGAGAUGGCUUCUUUUGUGCAGACCUCACAAAAUCUUAUUGAGAAGGUAGGUAAAGCAACUAACUGCUUCACUCAGGAGACUCUGGAUCCUGACUAUGAGAAGAUGGAUCACUACAGGGUGGAUUUUGAUGCGGAGGAGAAAGUUCUGUACCAGCUGGAUUUCAUGGAGAUUGAAGAAGAAGUGGAGGAAACAUCUGAUGAACCAGAGUCAGAACCUGAGUCUGACCCUGAACCUGAACCAGUGCUGACCCCAGAACCUGACCCUGAACCAUAUCAGGAUCUGAAAUCAGAGGGUUCUGAGAAGACGAAUCCCACGCCGGAGACAGCAGAGGACACUUGGGGACCAGCAGACAGUUGUAGAGACAUCAGAAAAGUGGCUGUGUGUGAAAAGAAUGGCUUAAGCACUUCACAGAUUGUCACUCUAGUCCUUUAUUUCCUGUGCUUUCUGGUCAUCCUACAGACAAUAUGGGGAAACAUUCAGUACCUUAUUUGUAUAUAG